GCCCUCUGGUCUGUUCAGUCCUAGUCGAGUUGUUGAGUGCAAUCGAGACAAGUCUCUGUCUGAAGAAAUGUUGAUCUGAGUUUGUCAGGUCUUUCUCAACAAAUACUGAUAUGGCUGCUGCAAACUAUCUGCAAUCUGAAGAUCAGUUUCUGUGCUCCAUCUGUCUGGAUGUGUUCACGGAUCCUGUGACUACAUCAUGUGGUCACAACUUCUGCAAGAAUUGCAUCACUGAACACUGGAAUACUAAUGACCAGUACCUGUGUCCGAUGUGUAAGGAGGGUUUUACCACAAGACCUGAUUUGAAAGUCAACACUUUCAUCUCUGAGAUAAUCGCUCAGUUCAGACAGUCAGCUCAACAGAAAGCAGGCAGCAGCAGUUCACAGCAACAAGUGUCCGAACCAGGAGAAGUUCCCUGUGACGUCUGCACUGGAACCAAACUGAAGGCAGAGCUGGGGAAGAUGGGAGCUGAAAUUCAGAAGAUGAUCCAGAAGAGACGACUGAAGAUUCAGGAGCUAAAACACUCCAUCCACCUUGGUGAGGAAGAUGCAGACAGAGAGAUAGCAGAAGGUGUUCAGGUCUUCACUUCUCUGAAGGAGUCUGUUGAGAGAGGCCUGAAUGAGCUCAUCAACACCAUCAAAGAGAAGCAGAAAACAACAGAAAAACAGGCCGAAGCUUUCAUCAAAGAGCUGGAACAGGAAAUCUCUGAGCUGAUGAAGAGGAGCACUGAGGUGGAGCAGGUGUUACGCUCUGAAGACCACCUCCAUCUUCUCCAGAGUGUCCAGUCCCUAAACAUCCAACAACCUCCACCCACCAAGGACUGGACAGAGGUCAGCAUCCGUCCAUCAUCAUAUGAGGGGACUGUGGUGAAAGCUGUGGUUCUGCUGGAGGAGACACUCAGUGAAGAGAUGAAAAAGCUGCUUGAAGCCGAGCUGAAGAGGGUCCAGCAGUAUGCAGUGGAUGUGACUCUUGAUCCUGAUACAGCACAUCCUGAACUCAUCCUGUCUGAUGAUGGGAAACAAGUGAAUCCUGGUGAUGUCGAGAAGAAUCUCCCAGACAACCCAGAGAGAUUUUCUGAGUGUGCUUGUGUUUUAGGAAAACAGAGUUUCUCUUCAGGCAGAUUUUAUUUUGAGGUUCAAGUUAAAGGAAAAACCAGAUGGGAGUUAGGAGUGGCCAGAGAGUCUAUCAACAGGAAGGGAAUCAUCACACUGAGUCCUCAGUAUGGUUACUGGACUAUAGUGUUGAGAAAUGGAAAUGAGUACAAAGCUGCUGAUGUCCCUCCAGUCCUUCUCUCUCUGAAGUCUCCUCCUCAGAAGGUGGGGGUGUUUGUGGAUUAUGAGGAGGGUCUGGUCUCCUUUUAUGACGUAGAUGCUGCAGCUCUUAUCUACUCCUUUACUGGCUGCUCCUUCACUGAGAAACUCUACCCAUUCUUCCAUCCUAGUAGUGAUGAUAGUGGUGAAAACUCUGCCCCUCUGAUCAUCUCUCCUGUCAGACUAAACUAAUCACUGAUCUCAUUUCAGGUAUCCCUUUAGUUUCAAUCAAGGGAACAAAUGUACAUAUUCAUGUUUUUUAAAUCUUAUUUUCUAAAGAAUCUGUUUCCUAUGGUGACGGAUUUACACUUUAUUCCAUUUAUUAUCAUAUGGGUAAAUGUGCAGCAAUUCCUUACAAAUUGAUUCAAUCUUCAUAUUUAUGUAUUUGUCUUUAGAAACUGAUUUUAUUCUGAAAGUUGUCUGGUUUAACAGGUUUAAAUAUCGUCCACAUGUGUGUCAUGAUGCAUCAAAUUAAUGUGUUGAUGAAUUAGGACUAGAAACAAAGCAAUUGCAGAUCCACAAAUGGAGAAAUAAACGUCAUUUUUCUCUUUUUAAAUAUCAAAAAUUAAAGGUAAAUUGCAAAGCUGAUGGGACAAUUACAAUCUAAUAAGUAUAUUGUGUAAAUUGUUUGUCUAAUGUUUUUAUUUGUUAUAUUCCUCAAUGAGAAGUCUGAAUUAUUGUGGCAUAAUUGCAGAAAUAAAGUUUGUUUCUUGAGAAAAUGUUAA